GAGACCAGGAACCAGAAGCCGACCAGACCAGAUGAAGAUGGAGCUCUCCGGGGUGAACUGGGUGAUUGCAGCUGCGGGGUUUCUCCUGUGGAGCAGCGGAGGCUCGGCUGCACCCAUGGAGUGCCACUUCAACUCCAGAGCUCUGUGUGAGUUCGAGGGGAGGCAUUUCUCUCUGGGGGAGUCCUGGAUGGACAACGCCUGCAUGCAGUGCACCUGUCUGCACCCGGUGGGCGUCGGCUGCUGCGAGACCGUGCAUCGGCCGGUGGACUUCCCUGCGUGGUGCCAGGUUCGGGUGGAGCCGGUGAGCUGCAGAGUGUCUCUGGUCCAGACGGCCGACCCUCGCCUGCCCUGUUCCCAUGGCAACGACAUCCAGGACCCCAGCCACGGGUCGCUGCAGCUGCAGCAACAACUGGACGGCUAG